AUGCAGAGGCUGCUGGUGGCGCUGCUGCUCGUCUCGGUCUUGCCGGGUGCCAGCGGUGGCGACGCUGGGCCCCCCCUCGGCGGCAGGAAGAUGGGGUUCGCCGGGGAGACCGCAGGAGUACUUGCCCGGUACUUCAACAAGGACGCGAAUGUCGAAGCGGCAGCACCGCCUGGCCGCGCGCCCGCGCCGCCGCCGCCGCCGGUGGCCGGUACGCCGGCACAGUUCCGCGGGCAGCCGCUGCUCCCGCGCUUCGCCGCGCCGCGUCGCUACGACCUGCGCAUCCGCCCCGACCUCGUCGCCUGCACCUUCUCGGGCACCGCUUCCGUCGCCGUCGCCGUCUCCGCGCCGACCCGCUUCCUCGUCCUCAACGCCGCCGACCUCUCAGUCGACAGCGCCUCCAUCCGUUUCCGGGAUUUGGCGCCUAAGGAGGUGGUGUUUUUCGAUGACGACGAGAUUCUGGUGCUCGGAUUCUCCAAGGACCUGCCACUCGGUGAGGGCGUGCUCAGUAUGAAAUUUAACGGCACGCUCAACGAUCAGAUGAGGGGGUUCUACCGGAGUAAGUACCAGUAUAAGGGAAAGAUGAAGAAUAUGGCAGUGACACAAUUUGAGUCCGUGGAUGCUCGGCGGUGCUUCCCAUGCUGGGAUGAGCCUGCGUUCAAGGCUAAGUUCAAGCUAACACUUGAAGUACCAGUUGGGAUGGUGGCAUUGUCCAAUAUGCCAAUAGCUAAUCAGACAGUUGCUGGUCCUAUCAAGACUGUUCGCUAUGUGGAAUCACCUCUUAUGUCGACUUAUUUAGUGGCUAUAGUUGUUGGUUUGCUUGAAUAUAUAGAGGGUGUCACACCAGAAGGCACAAAAGUUCGUGUGUACACUCAAGUUGGCAAGAGUGACCAAGGGAAGUUUGCAUUGGAUGUUGGAAUCAAGUCAUUGCAUCUUUAUAAAGAUUACUUUGGUACUCCUUAUCCGCUUCCCAAAUUGGAUAUGGUUGCCAUCCCUGAUUUUGCUGCCGGAGCCAUGGAGAACUAUGGGCUGGUUACUUUCCGUGAAGUGGCUUUGCUUUUUGAUGAGGAGUCUUCAGCGGAAUCCAGCAAACAGAGUAUUGCAAUUACUGUAGCACAUGAGCUGGCUCAUCAGUGGUUUGGCAAUCUUGUAACCAUGGAGUGGUGGACUCACUUGUGGCUAAACGAAGGUUUUGCUACAUGGAUGAGUAAUCUAGCUGUAGAUUCUUUCUUUCCACAAUGGAAUAUCUGGACACAAUUCCUUGAUGACACAACCGCUGGUCUCAAAUUGGAUUCACUUGCAGAGUCUCACCCUAUUGAGGUUGAAAUACAUCAUGCCAGUGAAGUUGAUGAAAUUUUUGAUGCCAUAAGCUACGAUAAGGGUGCUUCUGUUAUUCGCAUGCUUCAGAAUUACCUUGGUGCAGAGCGUUUUCAG